UCUAAGGAACUAAACAAAUGUUUCGCAAGCUUUAACAAGUAACUUCAAACGUGACUAUACAUUACAGGAAUCAUGGAAACAAGUCAAGUAGAAAACACAGAUAUCUUCCUGCCGUUGUCGUCAUUGAGGCUGCUGAUUCCUCCUCUGCGGCUGCUCUCUGCAGCGAUGUGGCAGGUGGCUCAGUGCAGAGAGGUCCUUGAUUAUGAGAAGCUUGAUGAGUUUGUGACGCUGGUGACGGCAACAGUUCCAGACCUGCUCAGUCCAAAGCAGCGAGCCAAACUGCUUCUGCGACUGAGAGCCAAAAUUCUUCUUGAGUUGUGCAGAAAUGAGGAAACGGCCAACGUUUUGUGCAUACAGCCUCACCUGGAACGAAUCCGCCCACCGGGAUACACAGGAAGUGGAGAUGCAGAGGUGGAUGCAGAGGAGGCCAUUUUUGUGGAGCUCAUUCAAACACUCCUGAAAGACCCAGCAGAGAGGGAGCAUUUUUACCAGGAGGUUUUUCCAUCAGAGUACGGACCCAGCUACGACACAGACAUGCAGCUCAUUGUGUGGGAGUUUCUGUCGAAACUGGAGAAACUCCUGCCAGUGCCGGACCUCAGCCAGACAGUGUCAUGGCUGACCUCUGCCCCCUCUGUGCUGAAGGACUGCUUACAAGCGUUUUCCAGUCCUGACGACCUGACGUCCCUCCUGCAGCACCACAAAUGCCUCGAGCACCUUGGAACACAAGGUACCACUGUGGAGAUGUCGACUCAGGUGUUCGCCUGCUCCGAGUGUCCAUUCUUCCACAUGCAGGAGUCCUUUCUGCUGCAGCACAUGGAGCACAGUCACCCCCAGCAGUACAGCAAACUGCAGAGGUCUGCAGAGACAGCUGACGUCCCCAAGAAGAAGGCCCAGCGUCCCGAGUUCCCUAAGCCGUUCCCCAUCCACGACAGGCCCGACCCUCACAUGUGCCAGGAGUGCGGCAAAACUUUCACACGUUCCUCAGACCUGACUCGUCACAGGCGCUCACACACAAACGAGCGCCCGUACACCUGCGAGGAGUGUAAGAAGGGCUUCAGGAACUCUUGGGAUCUGACCCGACAUCAGCGCAUUCACACAGGAGAGCGCCCCUUCCUGUGCUCGCAGUGUGGCAAACGCUUCACACAGAUGGGCUUGCUCAAGCUGCAUUUUGAGCGGACCGCCUGCGGACAGACUUGCAACCCUCCCCUGGACUUAACGACGGAGGUCGUGGUAGCAGAGGAGACAUCAGAAAAGGAAGGCGGGCAGUACACAUGCCAAAAGUGCGGUGAGAGCUUCAGCAGCAUCCUGGAGCGUCUGAGGCACCGGCAGACGCACGUGGUGAGGCGUCAGUACAAAUGCUCGCUGUGUGAGAAGAUAUACGGUCGAGCGUCUGACCUCAAGAGACACCAGAUGAAACACACCGGCGAGCGGCCGUUUGCCUGCGAGUGCGGGAAAAGCUUCACGCACGUGUGGCUCCUGAACAAGCACCAGCAGAUCCACACCAGGCAGCGCGCAUACCCCUGCACAGAGUGCGGCAAGAGCUUCACACAGAUGCAGAUCCUCAACCGCCACCUGCUGACUCACAACGGACAGCGGCCUUUUCAGUGCUCCUACUGCGAGAAGAGCUUCACCCAGCUGGCCAGCCUCACGCGCCACGAAAGAACACACACAGGCGAGAGGCCGUACGUGUGCAGCACCUGCGAGAAGACGUUCCUCACACACGGAGAGCUGGUGCGACAUCAGCGCAGCCACAGCAAUCUGAGGCCGUUCGGUUGUCCGCAGUGCCCGAAGAGCUUUAAGACCAAGCGAGCUCAGAGCGAACACCUCAACACUCACACAGGAGAGCGGCCUUUUGCGUGCUCUCGUUGCGGGAAGACGUUCGCCAAGUCGACCUCACUCGUGCGGCAUAACCUGACUCACACGGGAGAGCGACCCCACCAGUGCUCCCAGUGCGGGAAGACCUUCCUCACUUCUGGUGAGCUUCUCCUACACAAGCGGAUCCACACAGGAGAGAGGCCUUAUCCCUGCUCCUACUGCGAGAGGAAGUUCAGGUGUUCCUCCGACCUCAACAUGCACGUCCGGACGCACACCGGCGAGAAGCCUCACAGCUGUCUCUUCUGUAAGAAGAGUUUCUCCACGUCUACGAGGCUCAAGAGACACGUGCGCACGCACAUGGAGAAAGGGAUAGUCGUGGAGUCAUUUAGUCUUUGAGCUGGCAAGAGGUAAAGUAGUUAUUACAAGAUGUUACUUUGUUAUUAAAAAUAAAGUAUAGUAUAAUUUUA